AUGGCGGCCAACGAACCUCCCAAGAGCUCUGUCGGCUCUCGACCGAGCCUAUUUCGAGCGACGUCUUCAACGCAAGGCGCCGGUGCUGCGAGCAAUGACCCUCUUCAGCCCCCGAGACGAGCCCAGACUUUCCACAACGGCGCUGCCGUCGUCGCGCCCCUGAGCAAGGCCCCCCCGCCUGCGGAAAUCGAACGACCCGAUGCAUUUGAAACCGGCCAGGACGCUGAUGAAGACGAGGACGAUGGAAUCGAUCCAGGAAGGGGAUCCGUGGACCUCGACGAUCUACCCAUCGAGCUCGUAAGCUUGACUGACAGCUUUGUCGAUGCCCUCACGUCCAAAGUCCACAAGACACCACCCAGCAUCGACAAUGUCGCCCAGCUCUUUCAAGACUUCUACCUCAGCGCCUCGAGCCACGUCAACACGCACAUCUCCGCUCUGGCCACGCGUCAAAGUCGGGCCAACUCCCCCGCACCACCGUCCAAACUCACCCCGGCGGGCCGACUGAGAGCCAAGGCUGCGUCGAUCGGAAGCAAGGACAAGCCCCAGAACAUACCGAAGCCUGACACGGAACGCCAGAUGAUCACGGCCGAAGAGUUGGCGGAGAAGAAGAAGGCUCGCAAAGCGCUGGAGGCCAAGAGAGCCAUGCUGGAAGAGGCUGUGGAGAGAAGGUUGUGCGAAGGCCUCUACAAUCGCAUCUACCGCCACCGAAGCACGCAAGACCAGGCGCAGGACGACAAACUCCGGUCCAAGACGGCAGCCCUCGCGCUCGUCGGUAUUGGCCCUGCAGACCUGGGCAUCGACCUCGGAGAGGACACGACAGCAACACCGGCCGCGGCCGUGCAGAGGGCUGACGAGAUCAGGGGCUGGCUGGAGCAAGCCCGGACAGAUCUCAUCCGCAUGCACGAGAAGCGCUACCCGCUCGGCAAGCUCAACCACUUGAAAGCCGCUCACAAGAGCAUCGUCGACACGUUGGCGCAUUUCCAUCCGUCAGCAUCGGCCGACGAGAUCAUGCCCAUGCUCAUCUUCACCCUCAUCACGCUGCCUCCCGAACAUCUGAAUGUCAUUAGCGACGUCAAUUUCAUUCAGAACUUCCGAUGGGAACCCAAACUGACGGGCGAAGCCGCAUACUGCCUGACCAACCUCGAGGCGGCCAUCAGCUUCCUCGAGACGGUCGACUUGUCCACCCUGCGCGCCGACGAACUGCCCCAGGGACCGCCCAAGGAUGGCAUGCCAGGCAUCUCCAGGGCAGAUACCUUCCCGCCCGCCUUUCCGCCAGGCCUGACGAUCACCGCGGAUGGCGCUGCCGAGGGGACUGUCGAGACGGAUACGAGCAACGCCGCCGCGCUCAGGCCACCUCCCUCCCCUCCUGCGUCAUCCGGACUCCGCGCAGUCGUUCAGGCGCGGAACAGGCGACUUAGUGAGCUCGUCAACACGCCUGCUCAGGCUUUCGGUGCAGCCAGUGAUGCCGUCUUCAAAAGCGCCGACCAGGGGCUGAACAACAUUACCAACAGUCUGGGCGACAGCUACAAGUUUCUUCUUGGUAAGCUGCGCGAGACCCAGGGGGCGCCCACGGCAACAGGCGAGGCACUCGUGGUCCCGAGAACACUCGACGACGCCCGCAAGCUCGUCAGCACGCCGCCGCCCGACGAAGACGGCUCGGUGAGCGGUGCCAGCUCCGUCCACGGCGCUGACGAGCGCGAAACCGCCCACAAGCCACCCCCCUCCGACGACAAGGUGAUGAGCCUGAUCGGGGGCAAAAAGGCCGCCGCGCGGGACCACAGCGCCGACAGCUCGCGCAGUGCCAGCAGCUCCAAGAAGGUGCUCUUCGCGCAAGAGAAGCACGCAGCCGCUCCGUCACCCUUGCCGACGUCGUCUGCGAACCCACUUGAAAACGCCGUCCGCAACUUUGGCAAUUCGUUCAACCCGAUGGCCAAGCUCUCGAGCAUGGGCGUCAUGCGCGGAUUCGGCCGCGUCGCGUCGUCGCCCGUAGCGCCUACGUUGAAGGACCCGCAGACCAAGCCUGCCGAGGGCGGCGACCUCAGUGCCGCCUUCCCCGACAUUGCGCCUGCUCUCCCGCCCAAGCAGGUGUCCAAGGUGAAGCCGCCCAACAAACGCUUCAUGGAGCUGCAGAAUCCGGGCGACCUCAAGCUCGGCGAGGUCCUGGAGCUCCUUCGCGACUACAGGCGGCUCGCGGACGCGCUGAAAGAGCGCGACGCGUUCGACGGCGCAAAGUAG